UGUCAGAAUUGAUCACGAGUCUUUUGGUUCCUUCUUUCCCCAAAACGCACAGUCUUAACCCCUUUCUAGAUUUGAAGCAGGCAUGAGCUCCUUCAGUCCUGAGUUACUGUUCCUCUUCAGCCUGGUUCCUGUUCUCCAGGCUGCAUCAUCGUCUUCCUUCCAGCUUCCUUUUCUUGCAGUGUGGAAUGCCCCUACUGCCAACUGUCUCUCCGACUAUGGUGUGGACCUUGACCUGGGAUCGUUCAAUAUCCUCCACAACCAGAAUCAAACCUUUAUGGGGAGCAACAUCACUAUUUUUUAUGCCGAUAAGCUAGGUCUGUAUCCCAGAUACUCAGUCCAGGGGAAGCCUAUUAAUGGUGGGGUUCCCCAGAACAGCAGCCUCAAUGAUCACCUCAGAGUCGCAAGUGACAAUAUCCGCAAAUAUAUCCCUGAGAGGGAUUUCAAGGGCCUGGCCGUGGUGGACUGGGAGAGUUGGAGGCCCAUAUGGGAGAGAAACUGGGACAGUAAGGAGGUGUACUGGGAAGGGUCCAGAACCAUUGUGAGGUCCAAGCAUCCAGACUGGAGCCCUGCACAGGUCGAAGCCGCAGCACGGGUGGAGUUUGAGGAAGCUGGGAGGAAAUUCAUGGAGGAAACGGUGAAACUGGGGCAAAAUAUGAGACCAAAUGGCUUGUGGGGAUAUUAUGGUUUUCCCAACUGCUAUAAUUAUUACAAUGACAAAAACUACACAGGGGAGUGUCCACCUGUGGAUCUCAAGAGGAAUGAUGAGCUGUUCUGGCUGUGGAACGUCUCCUCCGCUCUGUACCCUGACAUCUACCUGAGCAUGGAGAUGCGAGGCCUCGGCAGGGAGGUUCUCCUCUACUCUCACCACCGCAUCCAGGAGGCCGUGAGAGCCGCCGCUAAAGUGACACCCUCAGCAUUACCUGUGUUCCCCUACACUCGCAUCGUCUACACUUACACACUGGAUUUCCUCUCCAAGGAGCACCUGGUCUACACUAUUGGUGAGAGUGCUGCCUUAGGAUCUGCUGGGGUGGUGCUUUGGGGAGAUCAUAACUUCUCUAAAUCUAAGGCUGCUUGUGAAGCUAUUAAAUCCUACAUCGACGACACUCUUGGUCCCUACCUGGUCAAUGUGACGUCAGCCACAGUUCUCUGCAGUCAGGUCCUGUGCUCCUCACAGGGUCGGUGCCAGAGGAGGAACCAAAACUCCAGGACCUAUUUGCAUCUCAACCCUGCCACGUGGACGGUGGUAUCUGAGAAGAACCCAGGAGGAAGGAGGCACUACAGGGUUUUAGGACAGAUGUGUGCACAUGAUGUGCAACAAAUGAAGUCUGAUUUUCGAUGCAGGUGUUUCCCUGGGUGGGAUGGUGAGAACUGUUCCAAACCAAAUCAGAGAUGACAUAACAUUUUUUAAAUACCUAACAAAUCUUUUUCAACACAAGUUGAUUUUGUUGUUUUCUGAUCAUUUAUAUGUGCAAUUAUGGUGCAAUAUUUCAAAUAAGUCCUCUUUUCCCAAUACUUACAGAUUAUUUAUCCUUGCAUUGAAUGCUUUCGUCAGGGGUGUAAAUUGAAGUUUGCUGUGGAGGGUUAAGACUUUUUUUUUCUCUUCUAUUUUCUUUAAUACGCUUUCUUUAUUUUUUUUGUUAAUCAUCAUGUGAUAAAAUAUUAAGAAUGUAA